GGCACACCUCCACAUGGUUGACGGGAGUGUUUAGCCAUAGCAGCUCCUUUCUGAUUUCCCGGCUGCAGUCAUUUAUUGCUGAGGUCGGUCCUCACCAGACGUGCUUUUGUCUCCGGUUCGCGUGGACUCCCGUGUCCUCCUGUCCUCGUGCUGCCGGCUGUCUAGGCUCGUGCACAGGUGAUAUCUCAGUGCCUGUGUGUGGAGGACAGAAGACAGUAGGGGACAGCUUCGUGCGAUCGAGGAACCGUGCAAAUCGGUCUGAGGGUUUCCCCAUCGAAGCACACCAAAGAGAGCCUCUCCCUGUGGGUGUGUAUAUGUGUUUCUCUCAGGAUCUGCUGUGUGUGAGAAAACCAUCUACAUUCAGCACCUCCAAGAAAUAUCAUCAGUAUCUACUGUGCCAGGCCUGCUGAGCCCGGCGUGCUCUUCUCCGACUCUUCCCUUGGCCCCCUUCACACCCUCUGCAAACGCUGGCACAGCAGCACUUUAGGACUGCUAAUCAUGAGUGAAUUCUGGUUGUGCUUCAACUGCUGUAUUGCUGAACAGCCACAGCCGAAGCGGCGAAGGCGCAUUGACAGGAGUAUGAUCGGUGAGCCUACAAACUUCGUCCACACAGCCCAUGUGGGAUCUGGAGAUCUUUUCAGCGGCAUGGACUCUGUGAACUCAAUUCAGAACCAAAUGCAGUCAAAGGGGGGGUAUGGACGUGAGACUAUGCCCAUCAAUGUUCAAAUGCAACUGGUAGACACAAAAGCAGGAUAAUCCCUAACUUGAGGAGGGUUCCACUGCAUCAGUGUAUCCAUUCCGACGCUUUGCAUAGCCUCCCAGUAUCCCUCUGUUCUCACCAAGCAAACACAUGGACCAUCAUGCACUUCAUGGGAAUGAGGAUGCCCUGUCCAUGGCUGUCAGUAUCCUCUCCACCCUCAUAAUGGAUGCAUGCAUGCCCUGUCAUCGACCGCCUAGCAGUGCAUGGUGUAACCUGGCCUAUUUGUCUGUGGUUUGAACAGCCCAUUUUCUCAGCACUCAUACAUGAAGGUCUGGAACCUCCACGUACAAACUUUGUAGUUUUGUUUUAUUUCCUUUUCUCCUUUAUAGACGUUUUGAGUUUAAAACCUGGGGUGAAACACACCAACAAAGUCCAUAUAAAAUGUUGCUAGCUCUGGCCGUGCAAUGCCAAAAUACUUGUUUCAGUGGAAUGAUGACUCACUUCUAAGCAGAAGUACCAUUUUUUUUUGACUGAGGCUCAAAUGAAUGCUGUUUGUAAGAAGUGUGAUUGUUCCUUUGGUGUUUACAUCAUUUCAGAUCGCAUUCCUUGUGUCUUUGUUUUUCUUUGUGGUAAAAUAUGAUUAGACCAACAAUAACUGAUGCUGAAAUGCCCAACUGACAUUUCAUUCACCACACUGCUGUAAAUGUUUGAUCAUAAACUUGAUAUGAAGAUGCUCAAGCUAUAGUUGUUUGCUGUACAGUCAACGUGGAAAACCGACAGUGUCGUCAGUGUCCUAAUGCUUUAAUGAUUUAUGAGAUUACGGAAGAUCUUGAAAUUGGGGCCAAUUCGCUCUCCCUGUUGUACUUGCAGUCUUUUGGGAAAUAUAAUGUAGCCUCUUAGAUAAUGCUUUAGCAGUUUUACUUGCUUUUGAACAAAUAUCCAAAAUCCGCCAUUUAUAGUUCAAACUAUUACUCUCAAAAUCUGUGGGUUCAGAGAGUGAUGUUUUUAAAUGGUUAUAAAACGAAAUAUGUUUUAUUAAAUUGCACUAUAUUUUCAAAUGAAUAAUGAACAUCAAGAAUUUUGGGAAAUGGGAAGUGUGCCUUUUUGCUUAGGCUUCUCUCAUGACUUGCCUCCAAAAUACUGAAAGUAAUCAAUUUUAGAAAUAAGAGUAGUUUUGACUGUCGUAAUUCAACUAACAUUAUUUAUGAAUUUGUAGAUCAAAACAUCAGUUUGGUUUUUUUGAUGUGUAUCAGUGCCAGGCCCAUGAAAGUUAAAUGAUGGUUAAACAAAAUGAGAUAAAAGGCCAUACAGUAUAAUGUGUGACCUCACGGCUGAAUGUCCAAUUGUCGUUUUCUCAAGUGCUUUCUGUUUGUAUAUACUGUGUAUUUUGUGUGCCACAACCUGAACUAUGCUAAUUUAUUUUUCCUUAUUCCUUCUGUGUGACUCCCCCCACCCCCCAUCCCACACCAAGUUAUUAACAUCAUGUCUUACAGAUUUAUCUCAUCAUCGUGUUGUCGAAAUUAAGAAUUUUGGCAGGGUUUGUUAGUUUAGAGCUGGACAAAGUGAAAUGUUUUUCCUGGUGCUCUGAAUGAAGGCGUGGUUAAAGGAUCAACAGACACCUGUGAUGUAUACAGAGGUGCCAACAUCUAGAGUUUAGCCUAGCAUAUAUACGAUUUUUUGACCCAUUGAAAAUUGAAAAUGAUGCUUUUCUGCUUUCUAAAGCAGCUGUAAAAACCAAAAAAGCCAAUUCAGGGUGAAAGGACGCGGGGCGUGAAAUGUCAAGGAUCACUUAGAUCUUGUAUGAAUUGGUGAACCGUUAGAAAACAUGCGGAGCUUUGUUCUCUUUGGUUGGGAAAAAACACAGGGUUUUUCUCUCUACUAGCAUGUUCUUGUUAACAGUGUUGGCACCUCUAUCUGUAUGAAAAUGGUAACCAGUGAAGACAUUAAUGAUCAAGUUCGCACAAAAUAUUGAGCUUUUUGGCUACUGUGGUAUAACUGGCAUGCGUUAGGAUUGCAGUGACCCUCAGCCUCUGUUCACAACAGAUGGAUUUCGUCAUCAGGGAUUUCAAGAAGCUAUUGUUUUAGAUGCCAGAGCAAAUUUUUAUACAUUUGAUGCUUGUUAUUUUGCAUUCUAUGUUGGCUUGUACAUUACCAAAUGUGUUCACUUGAAAUAAAUAUUUUUUCCAUGUUA